CAUUGUUGAAACAUUGCUUGGAUAAAAGAAAGUCUUCUCUUGUAUCAUUAUAUAUAAACGGGAAAAGCGACCUUUCCUCGUUGUUGCAGGACAAGAAUGAUUUAAGAGUUUUAGAUUUAGAGAUUUGCAAAAAUCUAAAAUUUGUUGCUUUAGAGAAUGUUCAAUAUGAAGAUAUCAACCAACUGAACUGGAAUGGAUUAUUAGAAUGCAAAAUACAACUCAACGGUCUUAGACUAGCAAAUAAACUGGUAACUUCAAUUCUGUCCUCAGAUAUAACAUGUUUGAAAACACUCAAAACAGAAUGGAUUGGUUGGGGGCCUAUAGCCCAGAAAAUCUUCUCUAAACUUCAACACAUUGAAGAUCUAGACGUCACAUGGAAGGACACUCUACCAAAUGAUUCGAAUUUUGAUCUUGAUCUUCGACAUCUCGAACAACUCAACCAACUCUCCUUAAAGGGACUUGCUUUCUCUGACGUUGUUAUUCCACAUUUGCUCAAUCUCCACAAGUUAGAUCUCUGCUUUAGCACACAGCAAAGAGCACCACGGUUAAUAGCGUGGUUACUAGCACAAAGCGAUGAUUCACUCAGUCCAAAUCUGGACGGGCCGCUUUCCACCCUUACGAAUGUUAAAUUGGGUAACAUGAUCAUAUCAGAGGGAACGUUCAGACGUCUCAUUAGUAUUGUGAUACAGUCGGGACAUUCUGUGAACUGUAAGUUAAAGCGCUGUACAAUAAAGCCUGAAGAGAACGUGAGACAGCUGCAGGUGGAGAUGGAGAACCAGUCCGCUCUUCAGAUGGUUGCUCUACAGCCCGUCUCAGCUGACUAUGAAACACACAUUACAAUAAAGGAUACGACCAUGUCAGCAGGAGAGUUCAGACGUCUCGUUAGUAUUGUGAUACAGUCGGGACAUUCUGUGAACUGUGAGUUAUUGCACUGUACAAUAGAACCUGAUGAGGACGUGAGACAGCUGCAGUUGGAGAUGGAGAACCAGUCCGCUCUUCAGAUGGUUGCUCUACAGCCCGUCUCAGCUGACUAUACAACACACAUUACAAUAGAGGACACGACCAUGUCAGCAGGAGAGUUCAGACGUCUCGAUAGUAUUGUGAUACAGUCGGGACAUUAUGUGAACUGUGAGUUAGACGCCUGUACAAUAGAGCCUGAAGAGGACGUGAGACAGCUGCAGGUGGAGAUGGAGAACCAGUCCGCUCUUCCGAUGGUUGCUCUACAGCCCGUCUCAGCUGACUAUACAACACACAUUGCAAUAGUGGAUACGAUCAUGUCAGCAGGAGAGUUAAGACGUCUCGUUAGUAUUGUGAUACAGUCGGGACAUUCUGUGAACUGUGAGUUAUGGCACUGUACAAUAGAGCCUGAAGAGGACGUGAGACAGCUGCAGGUGGAGAUGGAGAACCAGUCCGCUCUUCCGAUGGUUGCUCUACAGCCCGUCUCAGCUGACUAUACAACACACAUUACAAUAGUGGAUACGAUCAUGUCAGCAGGAGAGUUAAGACGUCUCGUUAGUAUUGUGAUACAGUCGGGACAUUCUGUGAACUGUGAGUUAUGGCUCUGUACAAUAGAGCCUGAUGAGGACGUGAGACAGCUGCAGAUGGAGAUGGAGAACAUGUCCGCCGUGAAACUUGUGAGGCCCUUCCAGCUUGAUGAAUUCCAUUACUGGUCUGUUGAGUUCAACGUAAACGUAAAUGAGUCCACGGAACCAGAAGAGUCUCUUCUUUCCUUCGGAAGUAACUCCCCUUGUUCCGACGCGUCCACGGAACCGGAAGAGUCCCUUCAAUCCUCCGGAAGUGAAUAUCCUUGCUCCACCACGUCCACGGAACCGGAACAGUCCCUUCAGUCCUCCGGAAAUGACUCCCCUUGCUCCAUCACGUCCAAGGGACCGGAAUUGUCCGUCCAGGCUUUCAGAAAUAACUCCCAUUUCUCCGUCGCGUCAACGGAACCGGAAGAGUCCCUUCAGGCUACCGGAAGUAGAUCCCCUUGCUCUGUCGCGUCCGCGGAACCGGAAGUGCCCCUCCAGGCUUCCGGAAGAAGCUCCCCUUGCUCCGCCGCAUCCACGGAACCGGAACAGUCCCUCCAGGCUAGCGGAAAUAACUCCUUUGCUCCGUCGGCUCCAAAGAAAGCUAAGAUGACGCCUUAG